ACUUCGAUAGGCUUUAGGAGGUUGGAAGGAGAAGGCAAGAAAUGGCAGCAUUGACCUUAGAUUUAGCAGACUUUGAAAACUCAUAAACUGCCCCCUCUCAGGCAACUCUUUUUAUAUCUUCUUUCUCUUUUUCUUAUUGAUAAUUCUUGAAAAGCCAUCACCUUUCAAACCUUCUCUCUUCUUUUUCUUUUUUCCCCUCGCCCGCUUCCUCAGUUUGAUAAAAACACAGUGACCCAGAUCAGUUCUGGAGGCAAGUAAGAUAAUUCAUCAAGGUUUUGGGUUUUUGAUUGGUUUGGAGGUGACCCAGUUGAGGAUUCUGGUUGAUUAUGUGUUAUAAUUGCAUACUAAAGUGAGAAUUUUGAUCAAUCUGGAAGACCUGAUUUGAGUACUUCUGUGAUUAUUGAUUACUCAUACUGAACGAUUUGAUAAAUACCAUAUGGGAAAGCUCCAGUGAGGAUCCUGGAGUUUUAAGUCUGAAAUAUUCUUGGAAUCAAUCAGAAGAAGGUUUUAGAUGGCAGGUGUACAAGAUCAGUUAGAGAUCAGGUUUCGGUUGACUGAUGGAUCCGAUAUAGGUCCCAAGAGUUUUCCUACUGCUACAAGCGUUGCAACCUUGAAGGAAAGCAUUCUUGCUCAAUGGCCUAAAGAAAAGGAGAAUGGUCCAAGGACUGUGAAAGACGUGAAGAUAAUAAGUGGAGGAAAGAUAUUGGAGAAUAACAAAACUUUGGGGGAGUGCCAGAGUCCACUAUGUGAUAUCCCUGGUGGCAUUACAACCAUGCACGUAGUUGUUCAACCUCCAUCUCAGGAGAAAGAAAGGAAAGCAGCUAGCCAUCCGAAGCAAAACAGAUGUGUUUGUGUUAUAUUAUAACUUGCAAUUCUGACAGUGGUCAAGACAUCAUUCACAGAUAAGCAGGCAUUGGAGCUGGUAUAUAUGAUUGAUUUGGUGACUUGUGCAUAGAUGAGACACAGUGGCAUUCCAAAUUUAUGAUAGGUCAUGUUUUUGUGAAGUUUACGCUCUCUUCAUAUGGCUGUUACAUUUUCAUCCAUUUGGUAUACCAUGUCUAUUGUUAAGUUGUUGAUUAGACUCUGCGAUCAAGCAACUAUAUACAGAUACAAUGUCUGAAAUUUGUGUCUCUCUUAUUGCUUUUAUUGUCAUCUUUAAUGUUUUUAGUCUUUUUUGCUUGUAUAAUUAUCGUUGGUAAUUGUCAAAUCAGACUUGGUGCUCCAAUUCAUGUUGAUGCUCAUGCUUUAGAAAGUGGAAAUGCUGGAAGUUCUGACUUGUUACAGUUUA